AUGCCUUUCUGGAGCUUCUCCCGCGAAAAGGACGGCGUCAACCGGGUGGACGAGCUGCUGUCGGAGGGCUAUGCUUGCCUCGACCAGGCCCUCAUCUACGAUGAGGAUGGCGAUUAUGAAAACACCGUGUCGCUGUACGAGCGCGGGCUGAACCUGAUCGAGGAGGCUGGAAAAGAAAAGGUCGGCCCCUGGGUGUAUCCGCUGAUGAAGGACCAGACGCCGGUGCUGAAGAACGAAUUCGGAGCCUACGUCGUCGCGAAUCCUACCCCAGAGCAGCCAAAUAUGAUGGUGGCCAUCAUGCUGCCCUCUGACCUUGACGAGAAGCUCGUGGAGGAGUUCGAGUACGUGCUGAAGGAGUACGCAGCGCUUGGCGCCCAGGAGGUGAAAGACGCGCUGACGAAGGAGGAGCAGCAGCGCCUCAGCGAGCGCAUCGCCAAUUUGCUAGUGAAAACCGGGGAGCAGAUCGCCUGGGGAGUGCACGCAACUACGGCCCGUGUAGCCAGUGAAGUGGAAAAGAAAAAUGUGCAAUACCGCUCCGGGCGUCAGCCGACCGAAAACCCGCUCAACAUCUCGCCGGCCAUCAAGUCGAGCGUCGUCUACAUGCACAAGGGCGGCAAGGUGGUCGCCAAGUGCACGCGAUAUUUGCUCGACAAAAUCGGAGAUAUGGGCGUGUCGGUGGGCCGUUCGAUUGCUUCCGGUGCCCGGGACCGAUUUGGUGAGGGAAAUACGGGCGGCAUGGUGACGGGGACGAUCACGGUGCUCGGCGGCGGCAUCACCAGCGUGUCGACGGUGUGGAUCGCGCUGGAGAGCGCGAGCAAGAACCUGUGCAAGUCGAUCGCCAACGAGACGGUGGAGAACGUCAGGGUUCACUACGGAGAUGAAGCCGCGCAGACGACGCACCACGGCCUUCACGCCGCCGGGCACACCGGGCUUGCCGCUUUCCAGCUGUGGGAUUUGGGACCGAGCAAGGUGUUCGAUGAGGACGAUGAUGAGGCAGCUCCAUCCCGCCAAGAAAACGAGCCAGACGUCGCUGGAGUCAAGCCGGAAGUGAAGGAGGAGAUUGAGGACGAUGAGGACUUUGUCGACCCUGAGCGAAAGCAACACAAAUCGGGCGUCGUCUACUUUUCCGUCAUUCCGCCCGGGUUCAACGUGGCCAAGUUGACGGACGAGAUGAACAUGUACUCGAAGGGAUGCGUGGGCCGGAUUUAUUUGGUGCCCACAAGAGCCUCCGAAAAGUUCAAGACUCGCACGGCCCCCGAAAACAACGAUCGCGGCAGCAAGAAGAAGCGCCACCUCACCUACAAGGAGGGAUGGGUGGAAUUUUCACGGAAAAGCGUGGCGAAGCGAUUGGCGAAAUCGCUAAAUGGCGUAGAAGUGCAGGUGAAGGCCAAGCAUCCAGCGUCGGGCACCAUGUGGCUUUGCAAGUACCUUCCGGGUUUCAAGUGGAUUCAUCUGAUGGAGCAGAUGGAUUACGAGAGGAAGGUGUCGAUGCAACGGAUGAAGGUCGAAAUCACGCAAGCCAAGAAGGUCGCCGAGCACUUUGCCACCCAAGUCGAGAAGGGCGCCCAUCUGCGCAAGCUCGAGGAGAAGGUGCUGAAGAAGGGCGGCCUCUGGGAGAAGCACCAGCGCGACAUCGAGCAGCGGAAGAGCCGCGCCGGCAAGAAGAAGCCCAAGACGGACCGCCAGGCCGCCAAGGACGAGGACGAUUUGAUGAAGCUGAUCUACGCCGAC